AUGGGUCUGUUGCAGACAGAGGUUUGUUCUCACCAGGUCGGACCAGACUCAGAGGAACCAGAGACGUCCAAACCGGCAAAACAACACGACUGCUCCCGCUGUGGAAAGAGUUUUACAGAGUUAGGCAACAUGAAAAGGCAUGAAAGGACACACACAGGUGAGAAGCCUCAUCAAUGCUCUCACUGUGGAAAGACUUUUACCGAGUUAUGGAGCCUGAAAACACAUGAGAGAAUACACACAGGGGAGAAGCUGUACUACUGUUCCCAGUGUGGAAAGAGUUUUACCCGGUCAGGGCACAUGAAAGAACAUAAGAGAACACACACAGGGGAGAAGCCUUACCUCUGUUCCCAGUGUGGAAAGAGUUUUACCUACUUAUGUAACCUGAAAACACAUGAGCGAUUACACACAGGGGAAAAGCCUUACCACUGCUCCCAGUGUGGAAAGAAUUUUACCCGGUCAGGGCACAUGAAAGAACAUAAGAGAAUGCACACAUUGGAGAAGCCUUACCUCUGUUCCCAAUGUGGAAAGAGUUUUACCCACUUAUGUAACCUGAAAACACAUGAGAGGUUACACACCGGGGAGAAGCCUUAUGAAUGCUCUCCGUGUGGAUUGAAUUUUACCACGUUAGGGUACCUGAAAUCACAUGAGCGAACACACAAAAGAGAGAAGCCUUUCCACUGCUCACAGUGCAGAGAGAUUUUCACCCAGUUAGGGAGCCUGAAAAGGCAUGAAAGGACACACACAAUUGAGAAGCCUCAUCAUUGCUCUCACUGUGGAAAGACUUUUACCCAGUUAGGGAGCCUGAAAAGACAUAAGAGAAUACACACAGGGGAAAAGCCUCAUGAGCGAAUACACACAGGGGAGAAGCCUUACCGCUGCUCCCAGUGUGGAAAGAGUUUUGCCCGGUCAGGGCACAUGAAAGAACAUAAGAGAACACACACAGGGGAGAAGCCUUAUUGCUGCUUCCAGUGUGGAAAGAGUUUUACCUACUUAUGUAACCUGAAAACACAUGAGAGAAUACACACAGGGGAGAAGCCUUACCACUGCUCCCAGUGU